CCGAGUCGAGCCGAGUCGAGCCGAGCCGAGCCGAGCCGAGCCGCGGGGCUUGUACACAAUCAUCAUGGCGGCGGCGGCGGGGGCCCCGGAUGACGUCGAAGAACCCGGCAUGGAAACGGACAAUCCCAAACUGCAGUUGAAUUGUGUGGAAACGGGAGAGGAGAACCCUGUGUUGCCUAAGAGCGUCCUGCCGCCGGACCAGGCCCGAGGGGACACCGCCUCCGCCCAGCCUUCCGUCAGCAAUGGGGACGAGGCCGAGGCCGGAAAGGAAUUGGUGGAUUUAAAGAUCAUUUGGAACAAAAACAAAUACGAUGUGAAGUUUCCCCUCGACAACACGGGGGCGGAACUGAAGCAGAAGAUACACUCGAUUACAGGUCUCCCACCUGCCAUGCAGAAAGUCAUGUUUAAGGGACUUCUACCUGAGGAGAAAACAUUACGGGAAAUCAGAGUGACCAGCGGUGCCAAGAUCAUGGUAGUUGGUUCAACAAUAAAUGACGUUCUAGCAGUAAAUACUCCCAAAGAUUCAGCCCAGCAGGAGUCCAAAUCUGAAGAGAAUAAGAAGGAGCCACUUUGUAGACAAAAGCAACACAGAAAAGUGUUAGAUAAAGGAAAACCUGAAGACGUGAUGCCUUCGGUUAAGGGUGCCCAGGAGCGGCUGCCAACGGUACCGUUAUCGGGCAUGUACAAUAAGACAGGAGGAAAAGUGAGACUUACCUUUAAACUAGAGCAAGAUCAACUGUGGAUCGGCACUAAAGAGAGAACUGAAAAACUACCCAUGGGAUCCAUUAAAAAUGUGGUCAGUGAACCUAUUGAAGGACAUGAAGAUUAUCACAUGAUGGAGACUGACCUAAACCUAAGGACACUGCUGGGAGAGGCCUGCGACGUCCCUGGAUUUCACAGGACUGGAACUUUUAUUAAGAAAAUCCACCCUGAGGCGACAUUGAGUGAAGCCAGAGGUGAUGUACUUUCACCCUUAGUUUACUUUUUAACUUAAAAUUGCAGAGUCCCUUCCCCGCAGUCAGCUUCAAAGUAUAUUUAAAGUGGAUAAGAUGGAAACGAAUAAAUGUAAAUUCAGAAUGUGUCGGUGUGGAAUGCUCUUAAAUCUGCUGAGGAGCAGAUCUCCCGGCUCUAAGUUUGGAACAAGAAAUCAUCACUGUGUUGCCCAGUCUGUGUGGAUUUUGAAACAGAAGGCAAAUAUUUUCAGAAGUCCUUGGUUGCACACCAAGGGUUUGAAUUAACUCGACUAAUUUGUUGUGGCUGAGAACUUUGAGACUCGCUUAUUUUCUCUCAAAUCAACUCUAUAAACAGUAUGCAAACUGGGAGUGGGGUGGGGGGGGGGCUAGAUUAGUAAGCCAUAUUUUUUCUGGCCUUUUCAGGUUUGACUCUUUCCCUCCCCCACCUCACCCCAAGAGCAGAAUUGAACUUUUGAUUGUGUUUUUUCAGCCCAAAGAUAGUUUUUGUACCUUCUCACCCCCCACACCAGCCCCUACUGUUUAUCUGGUAGGGCUGGUUCUCGUGAUUUUCCUCUCAGAUUCUGACCGUCACGAGCUGGGGGAGAAAAAUGUCUCUGAUGGCGCCCGGUAGCACGCUCACCUUGGGGCAGAGCUAAACUUAAAGGAGGUAUCUAUCCAUUUCCUACUCUCCUAAAUUCUGCCCUUAUGGUCCAGCAUGUCUAUGCAGCUUGUUUUCUGACACAGUUGCAGCCAACAGUAUUGCGAACGAGGUUUAGGAUCCCUAAGUUGGCAGUUUGGGCAGGAAAUGUGGCAGUAUUUCAUUAUCCAUCAGCCAACCCUCUGUCAUGAGCCUGAGUGUUAGAAAUGGAGCCCUUUUCCUUGGUGCCAUCUUCAUUUGUCAGGAUCCAAGUGCUGGUUUACCAGGGUAAGGCAGAAAGGUUGAAGAUCUGUCCGGGAACCAAACUGGGAAAAAAAUCCCUUGUUAGCCACCCCGCCUUGGACAUGUCCUAUUUGCCCCUUGACAGUGAAAUCUGACCGUUAUACUUGGAUGGUUGCUCCUCAUCCGUGUGCCAUCCAGCCAUUUCCUUUACCCCCCACCCCCAGCCAUCCUGCUCAAGUGGCCUUUAUCUCAAGUUCUGUCAAAGUGAGUCUUUUCUUGAAAGGAGCCUGCCAUUAUUUGAUAGUAUUAAAAUGGCAAGAUUGAAAGCAUUGGAUCUGCAUUGGAUGCCUCACUUGGGUUCCCAAUCUUAAUCCCCCGAGAAACACUUUUACACUUUGUUGGGAUUUCCAGGUUUUUGGUUGUUUUCUUUUUUUCCCCUUGGACUACGCUAGUAGAGUUACUAGAGACUUUGGAGCUGGAAACUCACUUUUUAUAGUUGCCUGUGUGUUAAAAUAUUUUCUUCCUUUUGUCAUCCUCUUUGAACUAGUCAAGCCUGGAUUUUAUUUUUCCCCUCGCCCUCCCUCACUCCCAUUUUUAGAAUCACCUGGGCACAUUGGCACAUAAGGAGGCCCCACUUUGAGAUUAUAAAGCAUCCCCGUCCUCCGCCUUUGUGCUUCUCUCCCAGCAUUUGCACUCUCAGAAUUCAGCAGGAGGGGAAUCAGUGUGGUAUUGGGAGAGAGGAGUCAAAACCAAACUGAUGAAGUAAGAUUAAAAAUCCAGUUACAGACUUUAGAAGAUCAGGAGAACUAUAAUGAAUGUGUGUCUAGGGCUAAAUCAACACAGCAAUUUGAAGAAAUGAGUGUUUCAAAGUAAUAGAUCCUGUACUUAACAGGGCUAAGACUAGCAGCCACGGUUCCAAUCUAACAAGAGAACUUGGUGCCUACCAAACUUUUCAUUGCCAUUCAGUGGAGAAGGGUUGAAUGAGGUUGUCGGGCUCAUAGGUAAAAAAGACACUUUUGUUUUUUGUUUUGUUGUAAGAGUAUACCCUCCCCCUUACUCCUAAUGUGCGUGUCCCCCUGUCCCCCUCCAAUCUGCUCAUUUGAUAGCUGCUGCUACCGGGGAACCUGCCUCCUUUACCCCACCCAGAGUCUGGGUACUGCCCCCAAGGCCCGGCCUGAUAAUGGUCAAGACCGGCGAGAGGCCUGAAACACUGAAGUAUUCUGUGACAUCAGCACUUCACCCCAACCAACGAUUGCUGGGACAGUCUUGCUCACCUGGUUGGCACUGACUGUGGAACUGCUAUUUUAAUUUGCCACUUAACCUUUAACCUGGCCCCAUUUGGAAGCGUGGCAAGGAAACCUUUUCUUCCGCCCCCCACCUGCUUCAGAGGAAAAUUCCUCUCCCCAAAGCACCCUUGCCUUGUGCAGACAUAUACGUGGUGUUUUCUGUGGGUAUUCAUUUGAGGCAACUAUGCAGCAUAAACCAACGAGAAAUCAUUUUUCACCUUUAUUCCCACAUGUACUUUGGAAAUCCUGGCUUUCACAAAGGGUAAUCUGCUUUUAAAAAAAAAAAAUUUGUAUUAAAAUUGUUCCUGUGUAUGUGUAGGAAGAUCAUUUUAAUAUUGCUUUAGUAAGGGCACAACUAUAUAUAUAUUGAGGUUUCGAAGAAACUCUCUGACCAGUCUCCAUUUCUUGCAAAAAAAAAAAAAAGUAGCACAGCAUUUAUGCAUCAAGUUUUUGUGUACAAUGUUCAAUGUCCACAGCAGGUUUACAGUUACAGUGUAUGAAGGAAAGUGUAUGUGUUCUUUAGCUGCCCUUCACUACUGCUUCAUCCCGCUGCAAUGCAAAUAUAGCCAGUAAUGUUUUGGCAUUCUUGGUUGCAAUUAUCGAUUCUCCCAUUUCCUCCUGUUUUCUCAUCCAUUGACCUGCUCCAUUUUCCCUCCCCUCAAAGGUAAAGUGAAGAUGUUUUUUUUCCUUCUUGUCCCCAUUGACGUGAGGCUUUCAGAGGCUCUGUCUGGCCUCCCCAGUAUCUCGCUAGUGUUUGUGUAAAUGCUCAGCCUGAAGCUAGUCUGCUCAUCUCUAGCUGGAUAGUACAGUAAAGAGGAUUUAAUCGGAUGUCAUAUUUUCCCCUUAAUUUGUGCUUUGUGCUUACUUAGAGAGAGACUACAAAUAUAACAGUAUCAUAUAGGAUAGAUUUUUAUGCCUCUCCGGCUGGGAGAGUCAAAGAGAUUGAAUUGAGCCUACCGCAAAUCUCCGGGAGGACACUGUAAGGAACCUUCCCCCUUUAUACAGUCUUCAGGUGUCUGUGGAGCUGUGGGGGAAGUAAUCAAUCUCAGGGACAGUGGAAGAAGGAAAAAUCUAAAGAAGCCACUGACUGGGCAGGUGUAUCCUUUUUAGCUCUUCUGUUUCAGUCUUUUUCGGGACCGUAACUGGCCUCUGAGAAGACUUACUCCCCCAGUCCUUUCAGAGGUUGGUUUGUUUUUCUUGUUUUGUUUCGUUUUUUGGCCGAAGUUCUGUGAAAAGCACCCCCCACCCGACUCUCUCUUAUAGGUAAAAUCAAGAUCGACCUUUUCCUCUCAAUCACUCCCGUGAUCAGCUCCUGUCACGCGAAGGUUCGGAACCGGUCCCCUUGACCGUGUGACUAAUUUCCGCUCUAGUCGGAGAGCGGAAGAUCUUGAGAAAGCAGAGGCAGGUUGCUCUAACCUGGGCUCCGAUCAUUGGUGGCAGUUCUCCUCUGCCCGUCCCCACGACCUUGCGGACCGGCAGAGAGAAUAGCCAAAGCCUGGAGAAUGCAAGGGAACGGUUUCUGGAAACGAAGGGAGACGGGUACCCGCAGCUAGAGAGGCCGAAUGCUUCUAGUGUGUUACCUCUUUUCCACAGAGCCCUUUAUGUGCUUUUAUCCUGGCCAGAAUAGUACUGUCUGACCCUCCAUUUUCUCUGUGUUGGCCACAACUGUAAGCACCUUCCUGAUUGUAUUUUGCAUAAGAAUAAAGAGGCCUAGUCAUCCCGUUGGGCCUGGGCCUCCGAAUGUAUGCCCCGUGAUCAAGUCUGUCAUUACUGUACUUGGAACUCUUCGGUGUUAAAGUGAAGAUUUUACUGUGAGAUGGAACUGUUCCUAGCAGCAGUAGAACCUUUUAAAGACUAAGGAAGCACUUUGAUGAAUCUCUUGGGCACAGACAAAGAACACCAACCAGGUGAACUGGGAGAAAACCAAACCCCUCUCCCCGCCCCAGUUUGUAAUUCAUGUAACCUGAUGUCAGCACGUUGGUUCUGUUCCUCAAUUCAUUGCUGCUUUACUUUUGAAAGAGCCAAAGAGAUUAAUUCCUCCCCCCCCUCCGUCGCCCCCCCACAUUGCCAUGUCUGUAAAAGUUUGCCAUAUUUCAAUGGGAAGGGUCUUUUUCCCUUUGGCUCCUCUCUCUUUUUCCUCCUCAUUCUAAAGUACUAAUGUGCCUGUAAGAGCAAACCAUCGCAUUUGCUCAGAAAUCUGACCGUGCUUCAGUGGCUUGGUGUGCCAAUUUGGCGGUGCAAGGUUUUGCUUUCAACGUUCUCCUUCCACAGCGCCCACUCUCCGUCUCCCGCUCGCCUCUCUUCCCUCGAAAAAUAACUUAUCGUGUGGCUUGGUCAUCUAAUAAUUCACCUCCUUCUGGUCUUGGAUUCUUAGAUGGGUCUGCCUCCCUCAAGGCUGUCCUCUCAAAACGCUAUGGGUGGGCGGGAGAAUUGUGAUUCUGGGCACCUUGGUAGGUUUGAUCUCCCAGGGAAAGAAUGGCUUUGUUGAAUUCCCAGUGAUUCUGGAUUUGGACCACUUCUUAAAAGCAUGUUAAACCGAUUGAUUUUUAAUUAAAAGAAACACACACAACUGCAGAGUUAUUGGAAAAUUGAAAUAUGAGUACCAUACUGGUAUCUUUGAAUAAUCAAAAGCCUGUUUUGGAGGAGAUGAAAAAGAUUUAGUCUAUUAGAUUUGCACUGCUGGAAUUUUUUUAAGUGUAACCUUAAUGGUUAGCCUGUUGUUUUAUUCUGUAAGACUAGUCUUUCCAAUUAAAGUUUGAUAAUUAA